CGUGACGCAUCACUUUCGAAACCUCUCAAAGUGAUCUUUGGAUAAAGUACAUCAUAUAUGAUGAGUCAUACCGUCAGUGUGUUGAAUAUUGAUGAGAAUAUGGAAUAUGUAUACAGUGGUGCAAUAACAAAUUACUAGCAUUCACAGUACUGCACAGUAUCAUUUCGUAACACAAUGACGGGAGUUGAAAAUUGCGCGUUCCAGAAAUUUAACGCCGGAAUCGUUUUCACGUGCGUGCUUGGUCUGGUUCUUUCAUACUACGCUUACACCGUGGAGGUCAAAAAGGAUCAAGAUGAUUCGUACCAACCGAUGUGCGACAUUUCCGAGCAUAUAAGCUGCACCAAAGUAUUUAUGACCGAGUAUGGCAAGGGAUUCGGAUUGUUUCCAAAAGAUUCUGUGUUUAACAUCCGAAAUCCUAUAUAUGGUUUAAUAUUUUAUACUCUGAUCGCAAUUUUAAGUAUGUAUUCAAUCAUUGUUGCCUACGUGUCUAUACAUAUGUCUUACAUAACAAUAACGAAAUUAUUUUUUUCAGAUAUGAUUAAUAAUUACACCUUUUCGGUCGCCAUUGUUAUUCUGGGAAUAAUGUCUAAUAUUUUGUCAAUAUACUUAAGUUAUAUAUUAUGUUUCUAUAGAGAUAUCUGCGUUGUAUGUAUUAGCAUGUACAUUAUAAACGCGGUGAUCACAUUUUUCGCUAUCAAAAAAUUCCGAAAAUUCCAAAAAUUAGACUCAGACGAUACGCAUAAAAAGGUGAAAUAAAAAUAAAA